GAAACCCUGCCCGAAACCCUGCCCGAAACCCUGCCCGAGGCUUCCCGUGCCGCCUCUGCCGGAAGGGUGCGAUGCUUACUCGGGUUUUCCACACAGUAUUCCUGUUAUGAACAUAACAAUUCCCACACGAUAUGCCCAGUGAUCUCACUGCUUUCUCGCUACACCCUCGUAUGUGUUGUCAUUAGAGGGUUGCGGUUUGUGUCCUCCGGUACUAUCAGCCCAUACGCGCCCAGCUGCCUCCUGGACAUCGUCCUUCAAUGACGGCUGAUCAUAUGUGCAAUUCUGGCUCAGGUGACAUGGCAAAGGAAUCUCCCGAUGCGUACAAGCGGUUUUGUAGCUGGCUUUCGCCUGCGACACGUGGAUAGUCAUCAUGCACGCUGCUCGAAUCAAUCGCCGCCUUCCUUCCGUGCCGGGGCGAACCGCUGUUUCCUGGAACGCUGUAAUGGGGUUUGGUAAUUUGCUUGUGCCUGACGCUCAAGUGAUGCCUCAUUAAAUGAGUCGUCCCUCGACAGAAUGUCUGCACAGGAGGAAAUUCAAAGUAUUUUUCUGUCUGCUCCCUUUUGAUCUAAAGAACCUAAAUGUAGGAUCUGUAAGGAUCAUUCCAUGAUCUAAAGAGCCUAAAUGUAGAGGUCAUUUUUGUUCAGUACAAACCUGUUGAUUCUUCUGGGGGUGGAAACAGACUCUCCUCUUCUGGCUUUGUCAUAAAGUUGAAUGCCUUGAAUGCAGUUGUUUUUCAAGCUCUCUCUGUAGCUGAAAGAAGUAGUUUGCUGCAGAGAGUGCUUCAUCUCAUCCUGAAGUAGGUGUCUGAGAUGUGUGAGAAGAAUUCCCUUUGGAUCUGCAUUUCUGUGUCUAUGGCCUGAAACUGGAACCAGCAUAAUGAGUUUACUCUAAAUAUCUAACAUCUAAAGGAGUACAUUUAGGCAAAGUAAGUCCAGGUCUCUGUCAUUCAUGACCAAAAGAAUGACCUUAUUUAGUUUACCACAUAUCCCACAGCCUUUCCUCCACCAAGUCGAAUAAUCCUUAUCCUAACCAUAACUGACUGACUAACCAAACUGGCCCACAAACAUUAUUCAGCAAGUCAAAAAAGAACUUGCCAAGUCCUCAGGUUUUUAUGGACUGCUAGUCCUGUGAUGGGGGCUUUAGGUCUGCUUCGUUUUUGUGUGUGUAGUCCCACAUGUUGGUGCUAAUACUUCACUUUUUUCUUAGAACCUGCGGUGAAUGACUACAAGCCCAAAAGUCUCUCUCUUCACUUUGCAUUCCCUAAUUGGAGAUGACAGGAGACCUUCUAUUUUCAGUUCUCAUCCUUAAACCUUCACAGUCACACUCAGGACAUCUCAGUUCUGUCCUGAAAUGCUAGGUUAUCCCAAGCCCUCAGCUUGUCUUAAUUCCAUCUAUGAUACUGUAAUUCUACAGCAGAAGUGCCCUGGCACUGAAAUCUUUGUGCUGUUUCAACUAUCUAAGCUGAAAGUAAUACUUCAAGCCUAUGAGCCAGAUUGGAUGUAGUCAUACAUAGAUAUAUUUUUCCUACUGUGAAGCAUGAGUCCUCUGAGAUUCCAGCUUUUUUUUUUUUGUAGUCACUUUACUCCCUUGAACUAGUGAUAUCUUAACUACCAGUUUAAAGUAGAACUAUCAAAGGAAGCCAGUGGUAAUAUGAAGUGUCACUGAAUGAGAAAUUAAUCUGUGUCUACAGAGAUGUAUGCUGCAUGCCCAAGGUACUGUGAUAAAACACAUUUGGGAACUGUUUCUUCUGCAAGGAAAGAUACUUUUUAAAAUAUACUGAACACUUUUAUUAUAUGUGAAGUGUUUUGAUAAGACAACUGCACUAUGUCUCCAGAAAGCCUGGUUUAUUGACAUUUAUAGAGGUACUUGCUGUGUGAGGAACAAAUUGCUGAGCUAUUUUUCAAGUUGUCUUUAGAUCCUGGAGACAUACAGAAAGAUAAGGGAGACUCUGAAGCCACAGGGGGAAGAGAUGGCAGUAAACAUGCUUCAUUCUUUCCCUGCAGAGUGAGCCAAAGUCCCUUCUGGACCAUGCCCAUGUCUCAGUACAAUUAGUUCUCUUCUGUUAUUUGCAGACUUGUCUCUUGGUUCUUUCUCACACAAAGCAGAAUAACACUGGGAUGAAGAUUAUGCAAAAAGCUAUUUUACCAUCAAAAAUACAAAUUUCUCAUCACCUUUUAUUGGCUUGUCAGCACUUUGCAGUAUUUUGGUGAUAGUCACAGUAUGAAGCCUAGGUAGUCUAUGAGCAGCUUUCCUUUCUAGGUGUAGGCUUGGAAAGAGAUGACCCAUGCUUAAGGAUAAAACAGGACAAGACAGACACAAACCUACUCAAUCCUGUAUUCCUACACCUCUGUCUCAAGCAAAGUUAUUACUAUAACUCUGUGUGAGCAGUUAACAAGAGAAUCUGUUAAUUACAUAUUUUUGUAUCUGAUAAUAAAUUGCAGCAGCCUAGACAACCUAUGAUAUGUUUAAUAGAUAUUAGAAUUUGACAUAAUUACAGCACAGUAAAAUAAAAGAAAUGCACAGUAUUAUGAGAGUUUCAAUGUAAGAAAUGCACAGUGUUGUGAGAGUUUCUUCUUAAAUUCCCAGUAUAUUAUCUUCUUCCUUCUCAGUAACGUGUUCACAGAUAAAACAUCUAGGACAUCUUCUGUUGGGAAUUUAGAGGACUUGCAUGUGUUCAGCUGACUCUUGUGUUUCUACUGCAAUAUUUCCACCAAUGACUUCAUACACAGGGACACAGGGUCGAGGAGGAACUGUUUCUUUGAAUAAUUCAAAGCAAUUCAAACCACUGUGUAAUGCCAGUAGUGUUAUUCAUGGUUAUGGUUCAUGUGGGAGUGGGAGCAUGUUGAGGGCUCUUUUGUACAAAAAUUACAUACUUACAGAUAUUGUGUUAGGAUAUAUGCAAUUAAAACCACAACUAAGUUAUAUCUGGAAGGAAGAUGCCUAAAUUGUUGAUUUUUAAAUAUGUCAAGAGUAUUUUCUAUUUGUUUAGGCUGGGUAAUUAAGUGCUUAUAGUGAAGUAUAAGAAAAGGAAGAGAACCUGUUUGAACACCAGAGAUGAUGGAGUGUAUAAGGAAUCUCCCAGCAUCCCCAUUUAGACUUUGUAUUUACAAACAAAAAAACCCCAGCAAUGAAGCCAAAAGCCAAAACCUAAGCAAAAGCUAAACAUACAAUAUGUGUAUAAAGAGCACAAGCUCUGCCAUCAAAACGUCUGAUUUGUACUGCCUGAAAAGCAAACCAGGCCAUCUGCUUUGUAUCAGCAUGGCAGAUACUCAAUUCUGGAGCCAAAGCUUCAUCCACACAAAGGUGUAAAGAGGACCUAAUUGGAGAAACAGUGUAAGAAAGAAGAUCAAAGGCUUAUCUUAAAAGAGGAAUAUUAUUCAUGUAGUCUUAACCGACUGUUAAAAUUGAAAAGAAUGUGCAUUAGCCUUUCCAUUUGGUGGUCCAGUCCUGCUGCUUUCACUGUGUCUGCAUGUGCAAACAUGUUGAGACUUUGUGCAGAAGUCAGUACAGGAACAAUAAAUUGCUUUAAUCCUGCUCACGCUCUAAACAAGGACUUGCAGUGGGAUAUGUGUUGGCCUUGUUCUGGCUCUCUGCCCAGGGGCAAAUCCCUUUCCGAGCAAGUGACAUUAGAUUGUCAACAAGAUACCACAUUCAUCAAAAGCCUGUGGCAAAUUUUCUCAUCUCUCUUGCACACAAACAAAUUCAGACUUCAGAGUCCGUUUGAUAUGAGAUCAGCUUCAAUAAUUCAGGUCAACAAUUUACAUUUACCUGUAGUUUUUUUUUUUUUUCAUGUGUUUCUCUAAAGGAUUAGCAAUGUGGAUUUUUCUGUCAGAAGAGAUGUCUUUAGCACAGUUAAAUUCUGACACUCUGGGAAGUGCUGGUGGCCUGCAUUUACAGUAAACAUAGAAAAGAGAUCUGGUAGCAGGACACAGUGCAUUUGCACGACAGAACUGAAAUGUAACCCUGCCUUUUGAACGUGGCCAGGCUGCUGGCAAGGUCAUGGAGAGCUGUGAAAUUAUCUGGGAGCUGAGCCCCGCAAGAGGCAUGCUUCCAUUUCCUUACAGGAAUACUGUCAGAGAGCAGUGGUUUAAAUCUAAUGCUAACAUAGAUCAAAUGGCCUUUACUUGCUUCAAGUAUUUGCUUAAAGGUCAACAUUCUCUUUGUUUUAACAAAACUAGGAGUCCUGGCCUAGCCUACUGCUACAGUGAAGGAGCUAUUUUCCUUUAAGCAUUCAUUUCUGAAAACAUUUCUGGACAACAGAGUUUAGAGUGCAAGUAAUAUUGAAAAGUCCAUCCUGAUCACUUGUUUCCAAGAAGUUUUUAAAAGGCAGAAAGACUUUCACUUAUGUGAUCUGAAAUGAGCUCUACAUACCAUGGGGCAUUCCCCAGUAAUUUUUGCUCAGGCUUUUGAGGCAUUUUGCUGCUGAUUCUACCCCUGACAUAAACCAGAGUCCAGGACUGUUUUCACUCAUGUCUGUCUGGAAUGGUUUGCCUGUACCAUCGUACCUUAAAGAUUAUCACUGUUUUUUUGAAGCUGCAGAAUAAGCCAGCAGAGACACAAAGGCUGACUUGAAAAUGCAUGCUACUCACAUAAUUGCUGCUAGCUUCUAACUCAGCAGAGGCAUAGAUGUCUUUCUCAGAGUGGAGAAUAUUGUUCCAGUUACUGACACUUCUGAGGCAGUUUCACAUGAAAUACUGAAGAGGAUGAAACUUUCACUUUGAGGGAAAAAAAAAAAAAAUUAAUAGAGCUUACAUACCUGUACCUUUUCAUGUCUGUCCCUUCCCACAGCUCUCCCAGACCAAACAUGCAAUUCCCCAAACUGAUGAUGGCAAAAAAAGGAGAUUCAGUUAACUGUGACAAUAUUGUUUUCAACAAAAAACCUGCAACUAUAGAGCUCUUGAACAACAACAUGGGAAAAGUCAAAGACUGUUAAGUUGCUGCAGAGGAAGAUCCUUACACAGUGGGGUGUCUCAGAGGAAAGGCACAGACAAGGACAUUAGGACUUUAUGCUGCCAAAAGUCCUUGUAUUUUGUCCAGCUCUUUACUUUAGCAAGCUGCAGGCAAACUGGAGGACACAGCACAGACCCAGCAGGGUCAAGAGGGACUUCCAGCUCUCCCAUUAAAGUGGUGUGUAGGGUCCAUCAGGUAAGCCAAUAUCUGUGUAAACAUCUGGUAAUCAUCAUGGGGCUAUCAGGGCAUCACCUUUGUAUUUGCUUAUCUGAGGCAAGUUCUCAUAGGGAUGACCAGAACAUUCCUACAAUGAGCAGAAAAGCACAAAACUUGAAAACUGUUUAAAAUGCCAAAAUGCUCAUGUUCAAUUUGUGAAACUCACACUUCUUGGAAAAGCCUCUCUUAGAGCAAAGAAAGCACUUUUCCUUUUAUGCUUGCACGUAGUACAUUCUUGAUCUGACAAGACUUGCAACCACAAGAGAGCACUCUUUCCUUUGAAGAUGUCUCAGCUUCCCCAGAAAGCUACAGAUAUGCCAUAUAAGUUUUGCAAACUGCUUGUGAGCUGGUUCAGUUAGACCAGAGCAGCCGAAACAACAAAGCUUGCAGUUGUCUUUGGAUUUCAUUGUGAAAAGCCUUUGGGUAGUUUUUAGAUGACAGAAGAUCCUUGGUUCCUGAAAGUGAGGAGUUCUGCCAAAACUUUGAAGAUCCCUGUAAACUUUGCAAAUUACCCAUCUUUUGGAGACAAUUAUAUCAAACGAUAUCAUGGAUUACAAUACAUGAGAAGUAUUUAGAGCCUGGAAGAUUAUUUAUGUUUGGCAUUAACUCUUAUGGUCAUAAUUUCAAGUGGAAAGAAAAGGAAUACAGAGGAAACCUCUUAUUAUCUUUUGAAAUAUGAAGAUCACAGACAAACAAGGGUUUAAAUUGUGGAGUGAUGGUCCUCAAAACCUGUCUGUACAUUAACUGGCAUCCUACACCUAUAAAAACAACCAGGCUUUCCAGGCACAGUGUGGACCUCAUGAGUUGUUAGCCUUGCUUUGAGAUCUGAGUUUUUAUACACCACAGGAGGAAACUACAGCCUGUGGGGCAGGGUACCUACACAAAUGUUGGAUUAAUACAUUAGAAGCCAAAUUCAGGAACGAACACUCCACUGGUGAGGAAAAAAAGAAGCAUGGACAGCACUAAAGAUGAUGAUAAACUACUGAAGAGGAUUGCAUUUCCAGGAGCUGUGUCCCUGGCUAACAGCCACGUGCACCCCCAUGGGAUACCCCUGAGAGAGCCUUUUGGGGUUCCCUUCCACCUGGACCCAUCUUACUGGGAGCAAGCCUAUAGUGGGCACACAGGUCCCGUCUCCUACAUCCCAUUUCCUGGCUACGUGGGCAUCUAUGACUAUUCCUUCGAGCCUGCCUUCAUUCGGAAGAGGAACGAGAGGGAGAGGCAGCGGGUGCGCUGCGUCAACGAGGGCUACACGCGCCUCAGGGAGCACCUGCCCAAGGAAUUCACCGACAAACGCCUCAGCAAAGUGGAGACCCUGAGAGCUGCAAUAAGCUACAUCAAACACCUGCAGAGCUUGCUGGACUGCCAUCCCUUAGGCUCUUCCAGUAAGGAAACGCUCUCUGCCAAGGAGAGCCCUGGAACUCCCAAUCCGGCUUCUCCGCGAGAGUGCAACAGCGAUGGAGAGUCCAAAACUUCUUCAGCAUCAUCCCCCUACAGUGAAUUUGAGGAGACGGGCAGCUAGGUCUCCUCUCUGGACACAGAAAGCUUCAAGUUUGGCUGAAAAACAAUUUCAAACCUUGGGGAAUUUUCUACAGGUGAAAAUUAAUAUCGGGGAAAGGAAAAACAGAUAGGGAAGGCAAAAAAAAAGUUAUUUUCAAUCUGUCAAAGGACUUUGAAUGUUUGCUGUAUAAAACUUAAACGUGAUUUGUAAAACAAACAAAUAUCUCCCACAUUACUUCAGUUGUUUACUAAACUUCCUUUGGACUGUUAAACUGCAGCAAUAUUUUCAUUCUACUUUUCAAUCAGCUUUUAUUCUAUUCUAUUUUCUUUCGCCUUUCACUUGAGACAGUAAAACCAGAUAAAGCCAUUUCAGGAAAUCCCCCUCCCCUACCUCCUGCUUUGUUCAGUGAGUUUUACUGUGUAUUUUUCCUGACUGCUAACCUGAGAUGCACUGCACUGCAAACACUUGGACUGGGGAAGGUAAGAUUUAGAUAAAAUAUCUUUCCCUAAAUAUUUCAGAAAACUCACAGAAAUACUUUAUUUAUUAAACAAUAAUUUUUCAAAUAAAAACAAGGCUAUAUUUUGAAAUUAAUUUCUUUUAAAGCAUCUUCUAAAGUAAAAGAAGCAGCUUGUACAAUGGGCACUGGCUAUUUGGUGAUUAUUCUAAGGAUAAUUUUCAGGAAAAUAAAGCUGGACACUCAUUCCAGUCAAUGCUAGGAGGAGAGAAACAGAGUUCUGUAAAACUGCACCUUCAAAAACAAAGCUUCACUCAAAAUACUGAAAAAAUGAAAGCCUUUUCCCUACCUUUCUGAAAUCUGAGUUCAUAGAUAAAAUAGUCUUGAUUGUGUCUUUGGCAGGUCAGAAAUUAAUAUGCUUAGAAAUAGAACCUGUAAUGGUUAGACCCUGGUGUGUACAAAAAGGGAAAUGUUGAAUAUAUCAGUUUACAUUUGCAUGAAAAUGUAGGUAUUUCUUUUGUUUAGAAUAUUGUAUUACUUUUUCAAAGGACACUGCUUUUAGAAUUAAUACAUCAAAAUCUAUGUAAUAUCUUUAAUUUGGAUUGUGUCUUCUUAAAAUUAGAAUUUCUCUCCAAUUUGUUUUGAAAUCUGCCUUUCUCCAAGGCUUAAAUCCCAUUCUGAAUAUGGGGUAAACUUCUUACCCAUCCACUUUCAACACACCUUUCAAACUUUUGCUUUUUUGGCCUUGUGUUGAUGAAAUGGCUUUUUAUCUUUUUGUCUUGCCUUUGUGUAAUGCUGACUGAACACCUGAAAAAAUACUCAUGUAUAAAUAAGAAAAAUCCUGAUCAAAUAUUUCAAAA